ACUCGUGAUCAGGUUCAGUCACAGUCGCCAUGGCUCUCAAGGUCGUCCUACUCUCCGCUCUCGUAGUAGCUGCCCUCGCCCGCCCCGACACGCCCUACCGCCCACCCGCAUCCUCCUACCACGCUCCCGCCCCAGACGCGCCGCCCAGGUACGACUACAACUACGCCGUGGUGGACGACUACUCCGGCAACAACUACAAUGCCCAGGAGGCGCGCGACGGCUACGACACCCAGGGAUCCUACUACGUGCUGCUGCCCGACGGCCGCCGGCAGAGGGUCACCUACAACGUCAACGGCGACUCAGGCUUCCUGGCCGAGGUGACCUACGAGGGCGAGGCCCAGUACGCCCCUCAGAGCUACGCCCCCGCCCCCGUCCCCACCUACAGGCCAGCUCCCACCCCGCCAGCCUACCAGUGAGAGCACCCCGCAGGACACACUGUCCACAAUUAUUUAUUAAACCAUUCGCGACCUGCA